CCAAUGUCAACUCCAACAAGGGAAGAAGAGCCAACAGGUUGGGAAGAGCCCUCUCCGGAGUCUAUCCGACGCAAAAUGGAAAUAGAUGAUGGAACUGCAGCCUGGGGUGAUCCCAACCAUUACAAAUACAAGAAUGUGAACAUGUGGGAUAAAAACACCUCCAAUGCCGCAACAAGCGGGGCAGAACACCAAACUCAAGUGCAUCAUCUGCCUCCAACACCAAGUGCCGUGCCAAACAAAGAGAGCAACAGUAACAGCUCUGGAUGGGGUGAGUCUUGGCCAGAGACUCCAACGCCAGCAGUAGAUAAUGGUACUUCUGCAUGGGGUAAACCUAUGGAAACUGGUGGUGGAUGGGGGGACCAAAAUACAGAGGUG